AUGGCACCUAUUGCAAUCGCAGUCAACCCAGACAUCCAAGAGAAGGAUACUGUUCAGCCGAGGAAGGACACACUGGGUCUUCCAGAGCCGGCAAGAGAGAGGCUCGAGAAAGCAGGCAUUGACUUGUCCAACGGAUACCCGUACAGGCCGGCCAAGCCCUUGUACCUCGAUGAUGUGUACAAGAUUAGAGAUUACGAUCGCGAACAUGUGGAUCCGGGUUCCAGGGCUGACCCUGAAAAGACCGCUCUGCUCAGUGCGGCGAAGGAAGUUAUUCAUCUCACAGCCCACAUCGGUACAGAGAUUGUUGGACUGCAGCUGAAAGAUCUUACCGACCAGCAGAAAGACGAACUUGGUCUACUGAUUGCGGAGAGAAGCGUCGUAUUUUUCAGAGAUCAGGAUCUCUCGCCCCAGGAACAACUGAAGCUGGGUGAGUGGUAUGGAGAAAUCGAAGUUCAUGUAGAACAGCCGCAAGUACCUUCUGUGCCGGGUGUGAUAGGCACGACCGUAAUAUGGCCUGCGCUUCAGGCUACAGAGAUCCUGGCUAGCUUCAGACAGACUGGAGGAGCGUCCAGAUGGCAUACUGACCUUGUUCAUGAGAGGCAACCAGCGGGUGUGACCCAUCUGCACAACGACACAAUUCCAAAGAUUGGUGGCGAUACUCUGUGGGCCUCGGGCUAUGCGGCGUAUGAGAAGCUGUCACCCGACUUCAGGAAGAUCAUCGACGGCAAGCAGGCCGUGUACCGCAGCGCUCACCCAUAUCUUGACCGCAACGACCCCACAGCCGGGCCGAAGCACAUCGAGCGUGUGCAUCCGCUUGUUCGAGUGCACCCGGCCACAGGUUGGAAGUCACUCUGGGUAAACCGCGCCAUGACAGUGCGAAUUGUAGGUCUGGACAAAGCUGAGAGCGAUCUGAUCCUCGGAUACUUGUAUGAUGUGUAUGAGAAGAAUGUCGACAUCCAGGUGCGCUUCAGAUGGACCCCGGGCUCCUCUGCGCUGUGGGACAACAGGAUUACAAUCCACAACGCCAGUUGGGAUUAUGAGGGAACUGAGCCGAGACACGGUACGAGAGUGACCGCGCUGGGAGAGAAGCCAUACUUUGAUUCGAAGGCACCUACAAGGCGACAGGCUCUUGGUCUUGCUGGACCUGAUGAUGUUUGA